AAAGUUUGCGAACAACACCGCUGCCAUUUGGCUAAUCACCAGAGGUGACGAAUCCAAGGACCACCAGGAAGUAGGAAAGCUCUUGUGCUGGUGCAAUCACAGCAACUUGGAGCUCAAUGCCCUCAACACAGUGGAGAAGCACAUCGACUUAAGGAGAAAUGUGUCUCCUCUCCACCCACUCAUCGUCAACAACUCUGCAGUUAGCAUCAUUUCAACUUUCAGCUUCCUGGGCAUCAGUAUUUCACAGGAGUGCAUGUGAGAGAAACGUAUCUCCUUCAUUAACCAAACAGCUCGGCAGAGGAUGUGUUACUUGUGGCAGUUGGUAAAAUUCUAUCCUCGUCAGAACACACCGGUGCAAUCCUACGCUGCCAUCAUAGAGAGCAUCCUCACAUCAGCCAGUGUUGUCUGGUUUGGUGCACCAUCCACUCACAAUGUACGAAAACUACAAUGAACUGUCAGGUCAGCUGAAAAGGUCAUUAGCUGCGUCUACCAUCACUGCUGGACUUGUCUGUGUCCAGGACAAAGAGGUGGACAGGAAAAAUUAUUGUGGACAGUACCCACCCUGCAAACAGUCUUUCCUAGUCAUUCCUUCUGGAAAGCACAAUAGCGCUAUUAAAACAAAAACAUCACACUAUCGUAAAAGUUUCUUCCCCAGCCAGUUAAUCUGAUCAAUCAUUCUAGUUAGCCCCCCACCCCCCUCUGUCUAUGACCCCUGUCACUAUCCUGCACGGUAAACAUUUUAAACGACUUUUUGUAAUGCUGUUUGUAAUUUUAUGCAUAUAUUAUUCCAUACCUGUCCUUUAGUUUCAAACUUAUUCUUUAUAAUUGCUGACUGUUGUUUUUGUUGCAUGUUGCGUCCUGACCAACACACUGCAGCGAAUACCCAGUACACAUAAAUGUACAGCACAUGGCAAAUAAAGUUAAACCAAGCGGUUUGUCUGGUGCUGUUUACAUGUUCUUGACCUCAGCUGGCCUGUCAGCAUUACGCUCCAAAGUGAGGAAGCUGGAAAUUAAUUAUACACCACUGAGAAAAGGCCAAGAAUAAGGGAGCCUUGUGUCUUAAAUGUAAUGAAUGUGCCCUAGUGUUUGAAGAGGGAGUGGGAAUUGUAGUUGGCGUGCUCGCUGUAACUGGGAAUUGUUGUAAAAGGUGGAAAGAACAUUGUCUGCAGGAAGUUUGCUCCAUUCCGUUACCGGAUAUACCCAGAGCAGGAAGGGCCUGUGCAAACAUUUCACACUGACGGGAGAUUUGAGACUGCCGCUGGAAAUUGCCGGCACUUGCGUAUUUGUGAAAACUGCGCUGUGUGACUGACACAGGGUUUGGUGAGACAAUGCAGUGACCGACGAUGGAGCCCGUGGCACCAUGCUGGGUGGGCAGUGUGUUUCUUUUCAUCUAUUCAGACAAGGUUGAUCUGUCAAACCUCUACCAAGAUCCACAGAUGCAGCUAAAGAUUUAUAAAGCGCUGAAGCUAUCUCUUGCAGAUGCCACUGGCGGUAGUGGAGGUUAUGAAAUCCUGAAAGUUUACAGAAGUGCUUUUGGACUUCAGCUGAAAUUCACAGAGGAAGUAAAAUGCAGGAAGUUUCUGCACAGUUACGAAAGAGGCAGUCUCAAAAACGCUCUAGUGCAUCAUUUUCAAACGCAGUCUAUCCCCAGCACGGCCUUCACAAUGGAGCUGAAGGCCGGUCCGGUGACAUUAGAUGAUAUCCUGAAUAAGCCAGACUCCUGCAUAAAACACAUCAAGGCAAAUGAGCCCAACCAUCUCCGAGAUGAUGAUGUUAGCAGACUGGAAGCAGACAUCAGGCAGAUGGUGCUUGAAUGUGGACCCAUCUGUCAAGAUUCGAAUGUACAGCAUGAGAAAGCUUCGGGAAUGUAUUCAGUACCCGAAUCUCUGUCUCCAUCCUCUCCGCCUUCAGUUUCAUCUCCGACAACCAACCAGAUAAAUGGGAACUCAUUGCCCUCAGCAAACAUGUUUGAAUUCCAAGGCGUUUUCUUUGGUGAUCGUGUAUUGAGCGGGCAGGAUCACGGUAACUUUGCCAAGUCGGUGGGCAGGAACUGGAAGCAGGUUGGGCGCGUCUUACAGAAAACUUGCCGAGGUCUUCGCGAUCCCACCAUCGACAACAUUGCCUUUGAGUACGAGCGGGAAGGAUUAUAUGAACAGGCAUACCAAAUGCUGCUCAAGUUCAUUCAGUGCGAAGGGAAGAAGGCUACAAUGAGUCGACUGAUCAGAGCUUUGGAGGAAAGUGAACUAGUUGGGAUUGCUGAUCAGUUGUUGAACAAUAAUUAAUUGGAAGUGUGCACGAUACAAUUUUCAAUGCUGAGGCAUAAAACUGAAACUUGGCUGUGGCUCUGCAAAAGGUUUUAUUCCUUGUAUCAAAGUUAAUCAUUCUGUGUAACGUCUGUUCUAAUCUCAUCUAUAACUGAGGUGUGUUGUAUUGGAAGCAGCCUGCUUCCUUUCAUGUUCAAAGUUUUAGAACAAUCACUGAAUCUAGUUCUCACUUUCACAAAUGUGAGGUAUUUUAAUUACUAUUACUGUAUUUUCUUCAUUGAUUUUGCAAGCCAAGGUAUGCAUGUGUUGCUGAAUUUAGGGGGAGGAGCAAAUAUAUUUCAAGUAGGUAGAUCUUUCUAAAUAUAUCUUUUAUGCCAGUUACAGAGAAAGGCUGCAAUCCUGCAGUGUAUAUUUUUGUGCUUUUUGUUUCCCUGUGAACAAACUCUGAUCUGCAUUUGAUUUGUUUUAAAGUUGCUCAUCGUGAAGGGAAGAUCUCUACUGUUGCCCGGCCGUGAGCCACCAGCAGGAGCAGUCCCAAUCUAAUUCCUGGUAGACCUUGGCCUACAGCACAAUGCUGCCCUACAUACAGCAUUAAUUAGCCUAAUUAGACUGAUGGCACUUGGACAGCACAAAAUAUACAGUAAAUGGAUCAGAUUUUGUAGUCAAGGGCUGGCAUGUUGGGAGGGGGUGUUUUGGGAAGGUGGGGGCAGCACUGGCAGGCGUUCCUUGCAUCCAUCUGCUCGGGGCUUUCCUGGGAAUGACAGAUACCAAUGCUGUAGGCCUGAAGUGAAACGGAUUCCAUUCCACAGUUCUUGCAAUCCCUGGCACCAGAACGCAGAGACAUGAACGACUGAGUGAUCCGUGGAAGGUAGAAUCCAUGUUGGAAAAAUCUUAAAUCUUGGUUGAUCACAGUUAUCCCACUUUCUUGCCCUUAAACAGGCUCAAGGUUGUCCAGGGUUACCGGUGAGAUGGGAGAGUUGGGAAUUAAUAAUAAUAAAAAUAAAAAUCUAAACUUGUGCUGAAAAAUGUCAUUCCUUCUGCUACUGUGACCUGGCUGCAUCCUUGAAGUUUAGAACUUGCCUAAAAAUAUUUAAAAAAUGAUGGGCUCGAUAUUUAUGUUUUCCUGUACAUUCCCUGGAGUGCAGGAGAAUAAGAGGAGAUUUGAUAGAGGUGUACAAAAUUAUGAGGGGCAUAGGGACAUGCAAGCCGGCUUUUUCCACUGAAUUUGGGUGAGACUAGAACUGGAGGUCAUAGUUUGAGGGUGAAAGGUGAAAUGUUUAAGGGAAACUUCAGGGGGGAUCUUCACUCAGAGGACGGUGAGUGUGGAGCAAUCUGCCAGCGGAAGUGGUGGAUGCGAGUUCGAUUUCAACAUUGAAGAGAAGUUUGGAUGGGAGGGGUAAGGAUGGCUAUGGUCCCAGUGCAGGUCAUUUAGCACAGACUAGAUGGGCCAAAGGGCCUGUUUCUGUGCUAUAGUGCUCUAUGACUCGAUGAAUAAAAUACCUGGAGUAAGAAUAGAAUUUGAUGUAAUAGGCACCAUAGUUCAUCGGCAUGGUGAAAGAAUUCCUAAAUGACCUUGUCAUAGAGGCAGUGAUGGAGAAUUUCUGGAAAAUAAGGACCUCGUGAAUCUUGAAGAACUCUUGGCCUUCAGUGAAGCAGGGUGACGAGCACCCUGUAAUUGGUGUUAGUGACCCUGACAGCAGUUGCAGCUGCCGUGUGCUGUUGUGUGAGAACCCCAGGGGUUACAGCUCUUUUAAUGAGUGAUAUGGUUUGCUGGGUAUGGCGCUUGGCCAAGUGGUUAGGGCGUUGGACUAGCCAUCCGAAGGUUGUGGGUUCAAGCCUUGGCUGGGGCAGCGUGUGUGUCCUUGAGCAAGGCACUUAACCACACAAUGCUCCAGUAAAACCCAGUCUCGUACUCUCAGUCGCUUCACGCCACGGAAACCGGCAUAAGCACCGGCCUGAUGGGCCACAAGGCUCGUGACAGACUUUAAUAGCUUGCUGGGAGAGCGAAUGCAGCUGUACAGAGGAAAGCGAAUCCUAGAGAAUGUGCUGAUGCUAUCCCUGCUGUAAUCCCUAGGUGCCAAGGCAGUCUGCUGUUGCAUUGCAUGAUAGCUGUUUUAAUUUCCUGAAGGUAGCUGUUUUAAUUUCCUUUCACCCUUUACUGCAGGGGUUAGCUCAAACACUGAAACUUUGGUGGCUUAGUUGCAACACAGUGGCACUGCAGGAAAAGUGUACAGAGGCAGAGCCCUUUACACAGACCAGAGUGAAAUAUGUUGUUCCCGUUAACAACCAACACACCCAGGGGCAAGCUGGGGACAGCUCGCCAGUGUCACAACAGAGCACUCAGCGUUCAUCUGUCGCAAGCGCUGUGUUUGGGGUAGCGCUGUUUGGCCUCGGCUAAACGCAAAAGAGCCCAAAGCGCUCCCUAAAGCGAAGUGGAGCCCUUCUGGUGUCUCGGCAAUACCUACAAGUGGCUGCCUUUUCCGAAAACAGAUGAACCCAACAGUUGUCACAUUUUCGUUCUGUGGGAUCUUGCCAUGCUCACCUUGGCUGCUGUUGCCUUCUACAGAGUGGUACUAUAUCCCACUGAAAUAGAAAGGCUUCCAAAUGCAGGAGCCCGCAUCCUAAAGCGAAGGGAAGAGAGAAAAGUUACUGAGUUGUGGAAGGAGCAAGUUGACCAAUAAUAUUACAGGUGGACAAGUGAUUGCGGUGAACUGUAAUGAAGAUCAAGCAGCGGAAGGUGCUGGCACUGCCACUUAUCCACAAAAACUUGCAGUAACUCUCCUGUUAAUCCUAAAUACGAGCUCAUCUGCAGAUGCUGGAAAUCCAAAGGAACACGCACAAAAUGCUGAAGGGACUCAGCAGGUCAGGUAGCAUCUAUGGUAAUGAAUAAACAGUCGACCUUUCAGGCUGAGGUCCUUCUUCAAGGCUGGAAAAGAAGAGAGAAGAUGCUGGGUGGAGGAGCAACACAUUAUAUUCCGUCUGGGUAGUCUCCAAUCUGAUAGUACGAAUAUUGAUUUCUCCUUCCAGUUAAAAAUAAUUUCCCUCCCCCUCCCUUCUCCUUCUAUCCCCCACGCUGACCCCUUACCUCUUCUCACCUGCCUAUCACCACCUCCUGGAUCUCUCCCUUCUCUUUUCCCACUCUUCUCUCCCACCAGAUUCCUUCCUCUGAGCCCUUGACCUUUGUGAAUCUCUAAAGUCAUGUUUUUUAAUGCUAGGCACUGGGCUGAAGUCUAUGCUAAUCUUCCAUAGUGGCUCUUUCAUCAGCUGCAGGCCUGGGUUUGUUGUGCUCUGCCAUAGCCUGUGGUGCACCUGGUCACACCUAAGCAGGAGGGCAUUGGAUUUGUGCGUCUUCUGGUUUUUGCAAGUGACCUAUGAGUUAGAUAGUGUGUCUUCUCUGAACACUGAUACUGGACUCGAUAAGUCCACCCAUUUCUGCAACCUCCCCCCCCCCCCCACUCUGAUUUACCAGGCGGCUUCCAUCGCUCGGCGAGGGUGGUGUCAGCCUCUUGUGUACCAGAGUCUCUUCAUCCUGCUGAAGUGGCCUCGAUUCCUCGGAUUCUGCACCAGACCUUGUCUGCCACCUCAAAGGGACCUGGCCCUUGGAUUGCUGUAGGCAAUCCUUCUCCUGAUUUGCAGCAGAACAAUGUUGAACUUCCAGCUAGGAAGACCAGCCCUCCAUCCAGGUUCCCAGUCUGCAGGAUUCCAUUAGUUGUUUUGUGCUGUUUACCAAUGAUUUCCUUUGUUUUCUUGAUAAGUCUCAGUUCUCUAAGACAGUUUUUUGAGGUUUCUGUAAGGAUGUGGCAGCACAUUCUGGGCAUCAUGUGAGUGUUGAGCAACUCAGUCUUUCAUAGAAGUUUCAGUUUACCUCUUACGCCAGUUUUCCACACCACUUGUUCAACUUAAUGCAAUCAAUUUACUGAUCUGUUUCAGUUUUCUCAAUUGUUGAAGAUAAAUGUCUUAACUUACUGACCAAGUGGAACCCUUAGUCUUUGCAUUCACUGAAGCCAGUGCAAAUGGGAUAUUCUUGGCCAUCCUGGAGUAAAACUCACUUGGGGUAGCUGUAUUGUCCACCAAAGCUAGGGCUUCAUCACUGGUGUUCACCAAACUCUCCUCCUAGCUCUCAAGUGCAAGUGCUGUUGACUGAGGAUUGGUGUCAGGGGAGCCCCUUAUUUUGGAGGCUUAUUUAUUUAGACAGAGUGUAUCCUUCCCUACCUUGACCACUGUACUUCGGCUGAUGUGUAAGUCUUUUACCAGAAGGUAAAUCUGGGAAACACUCCCUUCUUAUCAGUGCGUAUAAGAGCAAUUUGUCUCUCUCCCCAAAUUAAAUUCACAGGCAGACCUGCAAACACAAUUGCUUGCCCAUUUUCAAAGUCAACGUCAAAGUAAAUUUAUUAUCAAAGCAUGGAUACGUCACCAUAUUCUACCUUGAGAUUAAUUUUCUUGUUGGUAUUUACAAGAAAAUAAAGAAAUGCAACAGAAUUUGUGAAAAACUAUACAUAAUUAAGGACUGGCAAAAGACAAAUUGUGCAAUUAAAUAUGUAUUAAAGAAACUGCAGAUACUGGAAAUCCAAGCAACGCACACUAAAUGCUGGAGAAACUCAGCAGGCCAG